AUGCAAUCCACGAAACAUCGCCUUGAGCGAGGUAACUUAGGGAGCAACUUACAUGCUCAACCUUCUGGAAAAUCCUGCACGGCGGACAGCGGGGCGUUGUUCGAUUUCAAUACUCGCCCAACAAAUUCGAUCAGCGUAGAGAAUAUUCCAAGUCAUGUCAAUAGGCGUGAAGUAGUUUCUCUAUUCAACUCUCUGAUUGGCGAGGUUCGCAGCUUUCAGGACAUCAGGGAUUCUCCCAGCUCGCGACUUGAAAUAACAUUUUUCGGUCGCGAUUCUGCGACCAAAGCUUUGUGUAUGAAUGGAUACAAAUUGGCGGGUGUUCCUCUAGCGGUUUCCGCAUUAACAACGGCAAAUUCAGUGAACCGAAUGAACAAGACAACAAUGGACGACCGUCGAAACCUCUAUGUUCUUGGCCUCCCAUUCGCUCUUACAAAAAAUGAAUUCAGUGCGUUGUUUGCUCAGUACGGCACUGUAUCGCACUGUGUUAUCUUGGCGACGGUGGAUAAUUCGUCGAGGAGAAGAGGUUUUGUUGUAAUGUCGACCCACGAAGAAGCAAAACGUGCAAUGCUUGCUUUGACGCACACCUCAAUCAAAGGCCAUUCAAUCGACGUUUCCUGGGCGGUUGUGCAGCGUUCUCAAGGAUUUUUGGAUGGGGGUGAUCGAGCUUUGCUCCUUGACUCACGUUCUCAUUUAUCUAGUCCCAGUCCCAAGCUUCAUGAACGAGGCAACCGUAAUUCAUCUGAUUUUCCAGACUCUGCAGCAGAGUCAUCUGAUGUGGAUCAUAAUUCUGUGACCCCUGUUUCUAUGCCUACUCCAUCCUUGCUGGUCUCCAAUAUUCCAACAUUGCUAUUCUCACAAGCUCAGGAUCUUCAGCCUCUGUUUCUUCCCUUUGGUCACAUCGAAAAACUCGAGAUAGUUCAUGUAUCGCCAGCAGGUACAAUGUCGGUUCUCGUGCAAUAUUCUCGGGCUAGCGUUGCGCAAGAAGCAAAGGACAGCCUUUCUGGACAGCUUUAUGGAAAUCAUUGUCUUGAAGUACGUUAUGUCAAGCCUCCCGCAUCUAGUGUUCUUCAGUCCGAUCAGUUCCUCGCCGCUCUAUCUGAUGUUCUUGACAAAAAGACAACAAUGGGAUACUCUUCUGAUCCAUCUUCUCGUGGUCACUUGGCGCGUGCGCACUCUUUCGGUGGCACUACUACAAAUCAAGAUGUCUCCACUUUCAAACAUGCUCCUCUUGGAGGGUGCGGUAAUUUUCCUCGGGUUCAGUUUUCUCCUAUGGCGCAUACUAGGCAUACAUCUCUUACUGCGAUAACUCCUCCUUUCUCCAAUGUCUGCGAUGACUUUAAUGACCCUCCAUUUACUUCUGGCCCGAGAUGUGCCGCAACCCCUGGCUCAAAGGAUGUUAAUCCACUUGCUUUGACUGCCGAAUUUUUUGUGGAUUCUAAAGCCUAG